AAAGACCGUUAUCUGCGCUGUUUACUUUAGGAGUUACCUGCAUAACAUAUCCAGUAGUUCGUUAUAUGAUUUUCCAGUCAAUCCUUUCAAGCCCUGGCCACAUUUCUGUCUAUUUAAAACAGCGUAGGCUUUCAACAGAUUGUUCUCGAAUGAAGGCUGGUUGUGAUGACUCAGACAUAAGUGUUGAUAAGCUUGAGAAACGCUUGAUACAUGCUCGGCUAUGUUGGCAAAACUAUAUGAAGAAAUUCAGAAAUUGGUUUGGAGUGUUAGAAGUUCAAACAAACAGAUAAUGUCUGCAUAAUGCAGAAUAAUUAGCCCGAUUUAUAGUAGAUAGACUUUAUAAUAUGAAAUGGUUUUAAUAAUAAACAUUCUAAUUCCGAGUUUCUGACUGCAAUAUUAAAAUAAAUUACUCACUACUCGGCUAUAUAUGCUACGGGAUCUUCAGGUCUAUUCUCCAAUAUUAUAGAAAUAACUUCUUGCAUCUGUCGAGUUACGCCGACUCGCGCUGGAAAUUUAAUUCAAAAUAACAAAAAAGUUUAAUUCUAAAUUUCACACUCCUUCGGAUUUUAUAUUGGUGUGUUUCAGGCUAUAUUUAGGCGGAAUAAACGUUUUAAAAGAGUAUUUAGAAAGGAUAAUAGUGUCUCUUUAUUAUUCAAAAGAGCUACCUAAAAAAUCGGCAGGACUUUCCGUUUUUUCCGUCCUCGAACUUGUUAAUAAUUCGUCUUGUUUUGUUGAUUUUUUGUCGGCCAUGUUGUUUUGAUUGUUUUGACCGCGCAUGAAUUGACCACGGAAGAACUGGGACGGGGAAGAAUGUUUGAAAAAAAUUGCAAUUUUUGGAUUUUAAAUCGAUAACAGUUUGGGAAAAUUUGUGUUUAAAUUUGUGUUUUGUAAAGUAAUUUUAGGAUGGAGGAAGGUUAUGAUGAUGAGGAAGAGAAUUUUGAAAUUAUUGAGGAAAUUGAACUGGAUGACGAGGGACCAAAUGCAGGUAUAAUUGCCAGAUGUACUCACAUGGGCACAACUUCACACGUGUUAAAUUUUAAUACUACCUGGUGGCAGUGAUUGUAAUGAAUGAAUGUGGGGAAAUUAACCUUUGGAACCGGGGAAGUGUUACAGUAGUACCAACGUUGUUUCAAAUUAUGUUGGAAAUUGUUGUUAAUUAUUAACUGAUAUACUUAUUACACAUAGUAAUGAGUAUAUAUGAAUCACAUGGGCAGCCAGUCCUGUGGACACCAUUCUGGUUUUAAGCUUCUGAGGCUUUGCACUUGCGAGACCUCAUGAAAACCAGUUGCAAAGUUUACUAUAUAGAUCUAUUUAGGCUACAGUAAAUUAUUGUUAUUGUCCGACUAUACCGGAUAGCUUUCUGUAGUGGUGCAAAAAAGCACCCAUCCAAUACGGAAUGUUAAUAAUAUUUUUAACUAGGAUUCCUCUGAAAAUAUCGUUCCUAAAAGGUACAGAUAGGUGUUUUUCACGUUGCUAUGGAAAACUAUCCAGUAUGUGUAAACAUAGCCUAAUGUUUAAUGAGGGGCAUUUUAAAUCUAGAGCUUGCUUACAACAUUGAGGAAAUGACUGUAGAUAAUGAGGAAAACAUUGACCAAACAAACGAAGAUGAUGAAUUUGUUGAAGAAAGAGACGACUCUGACCUGACUUUUUCACAGCAUACUGGUAAUACUUGGAUUAUAUUUUAUGUAUUUGUUAAUUACAACAAUUAUAUUUUUGAAAAUGCUUUAAAUAAAUCUUCUAGCAUCGGUAUUCUGUGUAUCGAUGGAUCCGUCAAGUUGCAGUCAUGUUGUGUCAGGUGGUGAAGACGACAAGGCGUUUGUUUGGAAAUUGUCUGAUGGAAAAGUCCAGUUUACAUGUGAUGGUAAAAAAAUAAUAUAUAUGACAUGUACCAUCUACAUUUGUAACAUGUAAUGGUGAAAACAGUAAAAAUGAAAAUGCAUGUUGCAAUUUGCUGAAAGAAAUGAUGAUUACAAAAACUCUGUGAUAGGAAUUGCCGUCAGAGCUUCUUGCACUGCUGACAGGUAUUGUAUCUGAUCAUUCAGCAAAUAUCUUUGUAGAACUGGUUUCACUAAGUACUUAUACAGCAGAUAAUGGCCAUGACCACGGACAGAUUUUCUGGGGUGUGCACACUCCCCCAAAUAUUUUGCACCCUCCCGCCCCCCCCCCCCAAAAAGUUUUCCCACCGCACCUAUAGAAUCUUGCACACACACCCCAGACCCCUGCUGUAGCUUGUUUGGCAGAACUUGUGUUGCUCACCUCCCCUCUAAAUGUCCCCCCCCCCCCCCGGAGCAAAAUCUGAAAUCCACACUAAGGAUUACUGCAAUAUAAGGCGAAGUGAAGUACUAUCAGUACCAGUUCUUAAAGUGCCUAUGACACAAAAUUUCACCCCAAAGGUUUAUGGUUGCAUUGUAAAGAUCACUUAAAAUGACUUAAUAAUUUCUUUUAUAGAAUUUUGGUAACUUGCUCCCUUUUCAAGAUAUUCAACAUUGUUUCAUAUGCAAAUAUCACUGGUGUGACAUCACAUCACAUAAUGAGUUUUCAGAAAAGUAUUGUUUUCUUCACAAAUACGUAUCUAAAAAACUUAAAAAUUGCCCUUGUAUAUGUAUUAAUGUCAUAACUGGUAAUUAACCCUUUUUAUUUGUUUGUAAAAAUAUUUUAUCAAGGUAAAAUAUUGCGUUUUCAAAAUGUCAUUAUGCGAUGUGAUGUCACACCGGUGAUAUUUGCAUAUGAAACAAAGUUGAAUAUCUUGCAAAGGAAGCAAGUUACCAAAAUUCUAUAAAAGAAAUUAUUAAGUCAUUUUAAGUGAUCUUUACAAUGCAACCAUAAACAUUUGGGGUGAAAUUUCAUGUCAUAGGCACUUUAAUAAUUGAAUCAAUGUUUAAUCAUUUAAAGGGCAUAAAGAUUCUGUUACUUAUGCUGAGUUCAGUUAUGAUUCAAAAUAUGUUGCUACGGCUGACAUGAGCGGGCUGAUCAAAGUGUGGUUGCUAGACAGUGGUGAUGAAGUUUGGUCUUUUGAAACUUCAGAUAUAGAAGUAUGGACUUUAUUUCUCUAAAAUAUUUACCAAUUCAGUCAGACUUGCAUCCUUACUGUUGUAAGCUGACAUCUUGCAAAAACAAAAUGAUAUUCCCCUUGAUUUGAUAAAUCAGAAAUCAUUUGGCAUAAGACAGAAGCCCUUCAUUACAUGAUGAAGCUACUGUAUGUAAAUAAUAAGAGGGUGCAUCAUGGCUCACUCCUUAAUAAGUUCAAAUAUAUCUUUAGUGAAGUAAAUUUUACAAACAUUUUCUACCAAUGAUAGUGGUUGGAAUGGCACCAUAGUGCGCAUGUCUUGUUUGCCGGUACAGCAGACGGAGAAUUUUGGAUGUGGAAGAUCCCGGAUGGCGCGUGUAAAACUUACCAAAGUCAUGGACCAAAAACAACAUGUUCACGUCUCUUAAAGGACGGUACGUUUAAGACUGUUGUUAUAGAUGACCCUACGUUCUCCAUAGCCUGCUCAGCAGACCCUACCCAAAAAUUUGAAGCGGAAAAUAUUCAGCUUUUCCUUUGAACAAAAUUUCGGGCUGCAAGCAGGCUACGCUCUCCAAUGUUUCAAAACAAUGAAAAGACAAUGGAACAUUUCGAUCACUGGAUUGUGACUGGCUGACAUUUCCAAUCCAUUACAAUUUGUCAUGUAUUAUGGAUAGGGCUUGUUUCCUUUUUAAGGUAAACGCAUUUGUGUUGGUUAUGGGGACGGAAGUUUAAAGUUAUGGGAUUUGAAGGCUGGCAACCAUGACUUUCAUGUCACAGGUAGGCAGGAUUUGCCAACUUUCAAUAAGAUCUCAAAAUUUAUUGGUUAUAAUGCGUUACAUUGUGAUGUUGCUGCCACAGUAUAAAUAAAGUUAGUGUAGUUUAGAUUUCCUCCUGCAGUAACUCUGGAUCAAUAAGGGAUGAUACUUACUGGACCUCUAGGGAGAACAGUGCAGAACUGAUAGAACUAUCCAGUAUAAAUAAAGUGUAGUUUAGAUUUUUUUCUGUAGUAACACUGGAUCAAUAAGCGAUGGUAUACUUACUGGACCUCUAGGGAGAACAGUUUAGAACUGAUACUGAUAGAGCCUUAUCCAGUAUAAAUAAAAUUAGUUUAUUUCUCUAUAUUAUAGGUGGAUAUGCACACGAUCAAUCUGUCACAUGUUUAGACAUCAACGAAGAUAGCACAGUGCUUGCCAGUGGAUCAGAAGAAGGUGUAUUGAAACUAACUCACAUUGGAAAUGGCAAGGUAGAAACAACUGCAUUUAGCCAUUGGGAUCGUGAAUUUGAUUAUCUAAGUUCGGACCAAGAUAUUUCUGCUUUAAUAUCAUAGGUACUCGGAAGUAUGGAAGCUGCGUUAAGUAAGGAAGACGGCGAUGUCUCUAUUGAGGCUGUUAGAUUUUGUUCAAAGUAAGAUUCUAAGACUUGGUUUCCCACAGAUUACAUUUUUUACCACGUGCUAACCACGUGAUAUUCUUUUAAGGCAACCCAUAGUUGCAACUGCUUCAUUGUCUGGAAAUCUUGGAAUCUGGGAUGUGACGUCACAGAGAUUACGUCAUCAAUGCCAACAUCCGGUAUGGACUUGUUUUCAAAGUUUUAGUGUUGAAGGUCAAGACCCAUUUUCAUAAAGGAUAGAGAUAAAAUGCUUGUGAUGUUACUCUGAGUGUAUAUCUACACCUGGCAGGCUUGAAAAAUAUGCUUGGCCACGGUGGGAAUCGAACCUACGACCUUUGGAAAACAAGCCCAAUGCUCUGCCAACUGCGCUACGCGGUCAGGUCGGUUCGAGUAUGUGAUAUUUCGGAACUGAGUCUAGUUUCUUCGAUAUCUACGUAACAUGUGUUCGAUAUCUAAUAGUUCCUUCGAUAUCUAUGUGAUAGAGAUAAAGUUUAAAAAAAUGGUGUUUGCAUUUAUCACGCUUAGAAUUCGUCUUUGCCUGGUUCUUUGUAGCUAGUGUACACUUCAACCUGUCUCUAAGCGACUAGGAAAAAUAUUAUGACUUGAAAUUGUCUUUGUUCCUUAUUCUUUGCAAUAAUAAAUGAACGCAGUGUGGGUGUUUUCCACAAUGCAAAAGGAUACUAUUGUUUUUCGCCAUGCAAACAUUCAAGGAUUCGUUAUGUUUCCUAACGUUUAUUCUAGGCAGGAGUAACUCAACUUCAUUGGGAAGACUCUCUUGUAUACACAGCGUGUUUAGAUGGUAUUUUACGAUUGUGGGACGCGCGGUCAGGGAGUUGUGAACGAGAAUGGCAUGGCCAUACGGCACCUAUACUGGACAUGGCGGUUAGCAGGUAUACGGUUAACAACGGAAACUCACUUUAUUUAUACGGGAUAACGCAGUCAGUUCUAGACUGUUCUACCGUGGAUAGUUAAGGCACAGAAUAGACACCUUGCAGAAGAGCGACUCAGCCAAAAAAGCGUCGCAAUGAUUCGUCAUCAAAAUGCACUUGUCAUGUUCCCAGCCAGUGCGCUUAUAAGAGGCAUUCGCCCCCUCGAAUAUCCAUCAUUUUGAAUAUUUUCAGGGGGCGAAUGCCUCUCGUAAGCGCAGUGGUUUGGUCUUCUGUGUGGGCGCUAUUCUGUAGUUAAGGAUUGGAGACAGCUGACGCCGGUGGACGUGACCUAUUCGGAAAUUUGUGAUGUCAAUGAUUACAACGAAAUUAGUCUUAAAUAGGCAAUUCCAGCUUUUAGUUUAUGCGUGCAGGGAACGAUGGGAAGUAAGGUAUCAUAUUGCUGAUUAUGCUGAAAAAAUAACAAUGGCGGCCGUGUAAACACGGAAUGAUAGCUUAUACUUGUAAAUAUUGAAAUAUUUCGGUUGUUUCGGCAGUUUUUAUUAACAUUUUCCAGCAAAAUCAGCAAUAUGAUACCUUACUUCCAGUCAACUCAUGCACGCAUAAAUUAAAGGCUGGAAUUGCCUAUUGCUUUUUCUAGAUUUUCGUAGCAGCAAUCCCUUAUUGGCCCGGUCAUCAGUGUUAAUUUUGUUUUUAUUUCAGAGACAGCAGCGUGGUUGUCACAUCGUCAGAUGACGCUACAGUAAAGAGAUACAAUCUAGUUCAACCUGGAAGAUGACGUCACUAGAUGAUCUCAUAUUGACUGGAUGAUAAGUCAAUCGAAAUUACCGGAACUUGAUAUCACGAAUUGAUUUCGUAUUAAUUGGAUGAUAAGUAUAUUGCAGUCGAAACGGCCGCUAUAUCGCAAUAACAUGACACAACUGUUCACGACGAAGGAGAUAACGAAACGAAAAUUAUACCAUUUUUAUGCGUGCCGUGCCAGAUUUUGAGCGUAAUGUAAAUGAUGGGAUUUUAAUCAUGUUGGCACAAGAUCAUCUAAUCAGCCCGUUAAUUGCAUAUUACGUGAGCGCUGAGAGGAAACUAUUACGCCCAAUUUUUAAUUGCGAAAAUAUAGGAACUUUUCUGAUCCAUUUUUAUGCAACCUGUGUAGUGGCGCCCAAUUGACCAUUUGCGUAACAGACUAAAUUUAGAUCUAAACUAGUCUAGACAAAAAUUUCAUCACAGCUUGAAAGAGCAUCACAAAAUUAGUAAUAUUCCAAAGUUUCGUUGCGA